AUGGCAAGGGAUCGAUUCGUGCAGAACCGCUUCCCUAAUUUCGAGCUGUCGGUGGCUGACAAAGCGGAGCUUCAGGCGCUCGUAUCAACUUUCAUCGAGGAGCAUCUUCCGAACUACAGAGAAUACCGUGCCGACAAGAGCCGACAGGUGGAUACCAACCGCUGGAAACUCUUCAAGACCAAGGACAAUGAGGACGAAGCGUCGAACAUGUCGGUUGUUCUGUGCGAGGGCUCCAUUCCAGGCAAGCUGGAAGACGUCAUGUUCGGAGUCAUUAGUCCCACACUGGAGCUGAUGCGUCUCAAGGCGUCGUACAUCGACGACAUCAGCAGCGCUUCCGUAUUAUCCACGAUCGUCAAACCUACGCCGGAGGACCCACUACAGUCGCUUGUACUCAAGUGGAUGCAGCUGGAUCUACCGCUACGUUCGACGAGUUUGGUGAAGAACCGUGACUUUGUCUACAUGGAGGCUACGGGUAUUUUACGGAUGAAGGACGGCGAACAGGUCGGUUACCACAUCCAGCAUUCCAUCGGCCUGCCGCAAGCCCCGGAACUGCCCAAUCUUGUGCGUGCCAACUGCCACUUGUGCGCGUUCUUCCGUCAGGACCGCGAUCUCUCGGUUGAAGUUUACGCGACCGGGGCGUGCGAUCCGGGAAGUCCGGUGCUCAAGUCACUGUUGGUGCACCCGGUCGCUUCGAUGUUUUUAGCUUGCACGGGCUACGCGCACUGCGGCGAGAUGAAGAAGCUGGCGUGGAUCAUGCAGCAUCGCAACGCGCAGAAAAAGCAAAUGGGCACCAAACGCAGUGACGACAAGUGUGUGAGCUGCUCGUCGUCCGUCAGCCACAGUCGCAUUGGCAAGCUCAGUACCACCCGUGGGUCGUGCAAACUGUGCUUUAACGCUGUAUGUCGCUCCUGUCGGGUACGCAAACUCCUUACCUUCAUGGAGCCGGAUCUCAAGUACGAGAAGCGCAAGGUGACGUUCUGCCCGGUUUGUAUCAAGGAUGCAUUGGAAAUUAGUGCUCUGCAAGUGGCCAGGGAUCAGGCCUUGGCGCCAACGAGACUGGGAGGGUACCGGUCCAACAGCGAGUUCUCGGCCACGUCUUCCUCGGAUGAAUGA